CACCCACAUCCCCUGUUCCAUUUUUCCUGCCGACCUACUCCCCUCCAUCUUCUCUCCUUUCUCAUCUAAUAAUUCAUCUCUAUCCUUUCUCAUCUCAUAAUUCAUCUAUCACAUGCUUGGACGUAAUAAUUUUUUCCCCAAUUUCUCCAUGUGUGUCUGCUUAUAAAUAUUUGGAUGGUGAAUCUGCGCAUCUCCGGCGACCGCCGAUGGGCGGUGGCGAAAAUGUUGAGGCAAAGGUAGUUGUGGAGAUGGUGGCGGAGGCGCCGCCAAGAAGCGUCCGGUGUAUGGCAGCAACGUCGGUCAGUGGUGGAAGAGGCGACUCUGAUGAUGACAUUGGUGGCGGUGACAGGUGGUAGAGCCACCAGCGGCAGAGGCAAACGACGCGGCGGUAGAGGCAGACGACGCGGCGGCGGACGACGACGCGGCGGCGGCGGCAGCGGACGACGCGGCGGCGGCAGCGGACGACGCGGCGGAGGCAGUAAUGGAUGAUGGACCGGCGGCGGCAGAGUAGGUGUUUAUUGGCCCGAGGGUUGUGUCCGCGAUUGUCUGUUGUACAUGUACUGUUUAUUUUAUAUAUUUUGAUUUAAAAUAUUAAUAACAAAUGAGGUGCAGAUUCAUUAAGGGCAUUUAUGUCAGGUCAUCCUUUUUUACUUCCAAGAAACUUUACGGAAAGCUCAAGUCCUAUUUGUGC